GCCUCUGAACACCAACCUACUGAAGAUGGGAAAUAACACAGAGCACACAUGCGAGCUGCAGUACAUUGUACACACGGUUACAAAAGCCACCACUGUCGCCACAUACCACCAGCACCAACUUGCCACCGCCACCAUGUACCACCAGCUCCACCCCCAGCACAAACUUGCCACCGCCACCACGUACCACCAGCUCCACCCCCAGCACAAACUUGCCACCGCCACCAUGUACCACCAGCUCCACCCCCAGCACAAACUUGCCACCGCCACCACGUACCACCAGCUCCACCCCCAGCACAAACUUGCCACCGCCACCACGUACCACCAGCUCCACCCCCAGCACAAACUUGCCACCGCCACCACGUACCACCAGCUCCACCCCCAGCACAAACUUGCCACCGCCACCACGUACCACCAGCUCCACCCCCAGCACAAACUUGCCACCGCCACCACGUACCACCAGCUCCACCCCCAGCACAAACUUGCCACCGCCACCACGUACCACCAGCUCCACCCCCAGCACAAACUUGCCACCGCCACCACGUACCACCAGCUCCACCCCCAGCACAAACUUGCCACCGCCACCAUGUACCACCAGCUCCACCCCCAGCACAAACUUGCCACCGCCGCCACGUAACGAGACGGAGCAGGAGUAAUGUGCCCCCUCCCCUCAAACGUUUAUAAAAAAUUUUUUUUUU